AUGGGUGUCCAGGAGGUUCUGUCCCGCAAGACCGGCGUUAUCGUCGGCGAUGACGUCCUCAGGCUGUUCGAGUACGCUCAGGAGAAAACCUUUGCCAUUCCCGCUGUCAAUGUGACCUCCUCGUCGACCGUCGUCGCCGCUCUCGAGGCUGCCCGUGACAAGAACUGCCCCCUGAUUCUCCAGAUGUCCCAGGGCGGUGCUGCCUACUUUGCCGGAAAGGGAGUUGCCAAUGGUAGCCAGGAAGCCUCUAUUGCCGGAGCCAUCGCAGGAGCCCAGUACAUCCGCGCCAUUGCCCCCAGCUACGGCAUCCCAGUUGUCCUGCACACCGACCACUGUGCUAAGAAGCUGCUCCCAUGGCUCGACGGCAUGAUGGACGCCGACGAGGAUUACUUCAAGAAGCACGGCGAGCCCCUCUUCUCCAGCCACAUGAUCGAUCUCUCCGAGGAGGAGGUCCAGUGGAACAUCGAAACCACUGCCAAGUACCUCAAGCGUGCUGCCCCAAUGAAGCAGUGGCUCGAGAUGGAAAUCGGCAUCACUGGUGGCGAGGAGGACGGUGUCAACAACGAGGACGUUGACAACAACUCCCUCUACACCCAGCCCGAGGACAUCCUCAAUAUCUACAACACUCUUUCCCCCAUCAGCCCUUACUUCUCCAUUGCCGCUGGCUUCGGCAACGUCCACGGCGUCUACAAGCCCGGCAACGUCCGACUUCACCCCGAGCUCCUGUGCAAGCACCAGGCCCACGUCAAGGAGAAGACCGGCUCCAACAAGGACAAGCCCGUCUUCCUCGUCUUCCACGGCGGCUCCGGCUCCACCAAGGCCGAGUACAAGGAGGCCAUCAGCUACGGUGUCGUCAAGGUCAACCUGGACACCGACCUGCAGUAUGCCUACCUCAGCGGUGUCCGUGACUAUGUCCUGAACAAGAAGGACUACCUGAUGAGCGCUGUCGGCAACCCUGACGGCGAGGACAAGCCCAACAAGAAGUACUUUGACCCCCGUGUCUGGGUACGCGAGGGCGAGAAGGCCAUGUCCCAGCGCCUGCACGUUGCCUUUGACGACUUCAACACCACCAACCAGAAAUAA